UUUGGGGUUAAGAUCAAUUUACUAUUGAGCUUUAAUAAAUUAUUAAACAUUUUCCUUAUGUAAUGCAGUAGUAUGUUAUUCAAUUACUUUUCUGAAUAAGUAAGUCAGAAAUUAUUGGGCUGUCACAGAUAUAUUGUAAAGUAAAAUGAAAUGUCAUUAUGAAGUAUUAGAAAUUCCUCGAGAUGCUACGAAUGAUGAUAUUAAAAGAGCUUAUCACAAAUUAGCCCUGAAAUGGCAUCCUGAUAAAAAUAUCGAUUCGCAACAGGAAGCGAAAAUUCAAUUUCAACUUAUACAACAAGCUUAUGAAGUGUUGAGCAAUGCGCGUGAAAGAAAAUGGUACGACAGUCAUAGAGAUGAUAUUGUGUUAAGCAGCGCAGGAGACGAAGAUUACAAGGACAAUGUUCUUAAUUUAUUUAAAUACUUCUCGACCUCCUGUUUCAACGGAUAUGGCGACGAUGAAAAUGGAUUUUAUACAAUUUACCGUAGAGUGUUUGAAAAAUUAGCAACCGAAGAUGCACCUUGGGUUAAAGGUGAUUCGGAUGAUGAAAUACCUGGUUUUGGCGAUUCAACUACUACAUAUGAAAGCCUUUGUAGAUUUUAUGCAUAUUGGCGAGCUUAUAAUACUAAGCGCAGUUACGCUUGGCUUGAUGUAUUUAAUCUAACCGAUGCUCCAAAUCGCCAAGGGGCAAGAUUAAUGGAAAGAGAAAACAAGAGAAUCAGAGAAAAGGCUAAAAGAGAAAGAAACGAACAGGUCAGAAGUUUAGUCGAAUUUAUUAAAAGACGCGAUAAAAGAAUCAGUAAGUUUUCAAAGCUGCUUGAAUUAAAAGCUGAGGAAAAUAAAAGAAAAAGCCAAGAACAUAAAAAACAACAAAUUUUAAAGAGACAAAAAGAACUGCAGGAGCAAAAAGAGCCAGAAUGGUCUAAAUUUUCAAAUAUACAACCGGAGCUAAAUAAUAUUGAAGCUGCUAUAACGGCAGAAUUUGGUAAAGAAUCGUCGGAUGAAGAGUCUGAAAAUUCUUUGUAUUGCGUCGCUUGUACUAAAAUUUUUAAAACUCAUAAAGCAUUUAGCAAUCAUGAAAAUUCAAAAAAACAUAAGGACAAUAUAUUAGUAAUGAAAGCAUCGAUGAAUGAGGAUGACUUAUUAUUCGAUAGCGAAGAGAAUGAAAACGAUGAUUCAGAGGAUAUAAAUUUAUUACCAACGGGAACGAAAUUUGCUACAGGCCCAGAAAUACCAGACUUUUUAUUAAAUGUACCUACUAAUUCUAAAGAUAAUGAAAAUGAAACGAAGACAUCCGAUGAAGAGUUAAUAUCCGAUUCUGAUUUAAAUAGUAGUGAAAGGAAGGCUGAUAACAUAAAAAUACCUAAUAAUAAAACUUUUGCCAAAUCUGCAACAGACGGAGGAUAUAUUCUUGACCACUCGGAUAUUCAAACAAAAGAAGAUGGCUAUGAUAGCGACACUCCAAACGAAGAAUUGUUUUCUGGUCACGAAGAUGAAAUAUCAGCCAAAUCGAAAAAGCAGAAAAAGAAAAAGAAUAAAAAUAUACAAACACCAAUACUUGAAGAUAGCGACGAUGAGAAUCGUGAAACAGAUUUACUACAGGGUUUAUCAAAGAAACAGCGUAAAAAACAACAUAAGGAAAGAGUUUUACUAGAUAAGCUUUCUAGUAAUACAAAAAGCGAAACAAGUAAAAGUAAUGUAAAUAUUAAAAAGAAUCCUGAAAAGUCGACGUCAAGUAGUUCAGAACGAAAUCAAGAUAAAGUAAAUGAAAGCGAGGAGUCUCCUCAAGAAACUAUUUCUCCACUUCCUGAAAAGAAAAAAGGGAAGAAAGCUAAAGAAUUGAGAAAGGCUCAAAGACAGGCAGCUGGAGAAGCAAGAGAAACAAACGAUCGUAUUAGAAAAGUAUCUCAAAAUACAGACAUUGAUCAAAGCUGUGAACAUAUUUGUGCAACCUGCAAACAACAAUUUCCCAGUAAAAAUAAAUUAUUUGAACAUUUGAGGAUGACAAAACACUCUGUAUAUAAACCUGUUCAAGAACUUGUAGAUAGGAUUAUUAAACAAAAAAAUAAAAAUUUUUAAAAUUCAAUCUUUCAUAA